GGGGUGGGAUCUGGUGAUGGUCAGAAGGAGAAGCAACAGGCAACUGCUGUUGCAAAGGAAAGAAGUACUGCCCCUGCCUUCUCUGCCCAAGUUGUUGGUAGUGCCUUUGUGGAGCAGUAUUAGCAUAUUCUUCACCAAUCACCAGAAUUGGUGCAUAGGUUUUUUCGAGACACAAGUUUUCUAAGCAGGCCAGAUGUGAAUGGAAAUAUGACGACAGUGACAACAAUAAAAGCAAUCAAGGAGAAGAUUCUGUCAGUGAAUUAUGAAGACCACAUGGCAGAGAUUGAAACUGCAGACGCACAGGAUUCGUAUGAGAAAGGGGUGAUUGUAUUGGUAACUGGGUGUUUAAUUGCUAAGGAUAAUGUGAGAAAGAAGUUCACACAAACAUUCAUUCUGGCUCCACAAGACAACAGCUACUUUAUCUUCAGCGAUGUUUUUAGACAUAUUGGAGACAGUAAGAGCCAGAUUAAUUCUGUGCCAAUGGCAUCAAUGAAAAUACCUCACCAUCUGCCUCGAAUGGCCACGAAUGAUGACUGUAUUGUUUGUGCUGACACCCUCAAGUGGGUUGCCUAUGGGCCUUGUGGCCAUAAGGAGGUCUGCUCUACCUGUGUCAUUCAUCUUCGACUUGUUUGUGAAGAUCGCAGAUGCUGCCUCUGCAAGUGUGAAUCAAAUACCAUCUUUGUUACUAGAGCAUUGGGGGAUUAUACAAAGGCAAUAAAUGAUUUCACAGCUUUUCCAGAUGAUCCGCCUGAAGGUCAGGUUGGGCCUUACUGGUAUCAUGGAGGGACACAAGCAUUCUUUGAUGACUUGGAUCAGUACAAGAUGAUGAAAGCCAUGUGCAUGCUGUCUUGUGCUGUUUGUCAGAAGAAUGAGCAAAGAACUGCUGGAUCAAAGAGACGAGGGGAGUUUUAAGAACUUUGAGCAGCUUAGAAGUCAUUUGCUCAAGCAGCAUGAGCUGCUUAUGUGGAGUUUGUGUUUGGAAGGCAGGAAGGUAGGAUGACCAUUAUGUGGCAUGUUGUCCAAUUACUAAUGUUAUUGAAAUAAUUUGUUUCUCAUUGUGAGUUUGCAUGGAAAUUUGGUAGCCUGCUUUAUGCCAUAAUAAUGGAUGUAUUUUCUU